UCGAGGACAAAUCAGCAUUCUGGAGAGAUGGACACUCUUAAGGAAUCAGUGGUAUAGACAUUGUCCUUUUUGCGCUUCAGCAGAAAUAGUUAGGGAGGGAUGAAGUUUUCUCUGACACCGGUAUCUAAAUCCCUCCUGGACAUGGAUGUAGCUAAUUACUGUGAAGGUCUGGACCCGACCUAUAGCACGCUGGGCUUUGAGAACGCUGACAUGCUAUAUAGCGGGGAAAGCAUGCCAACAGAGUCCAGCAUCAGCCAUGGGGAUAAUGGCGUAAUCUCCAACUGUGCCAUCUGUGGGGACAAGGCCACGGGCAAGCACUACGGCGCCUCCAGCUGUGACGGCUGCAAGGGCUUUUUCCGCAGGAGCAUCAGGAAGAGCCACGUCUACUCAUGCAGGUUCAGUCGCCAGUGUGUCAUCGACAAAGACAAGAGGAAUCAGUGCCGCUUCUGUAGGCUUCACAAAUGCUUCCGAGCUGGAAUGAAGAAAGAAGCUGUGCAGAAUGAACGGGAUCGUAUCAGCUCCAGGAGAAGCACACCAGACUCCCAUGACCUUCCACCUAUCACUGUGCUGGCGCAGGCAGAGUCCCUUUCACAACAGAUCAGCGUCGCCAGUCCGACGGGCUCCGCUGAUAUCUCUGAGAAGAAAUCAGCCACCGUUGGGGACGUGUGCGAGUCUAUGAAGCAACAGCUGCUUGUUCUGGUAGAGUGGGCUAAAUACAUCCCGGCCUUCGGCGAAUUGCCUCUUGACGACCAGGUCAGUUUAUUACGAGCACAUGCAGGAGAACAUCUUCUGCUCGGAGUAGCCAAGCGGUCAAUGCCAUACAAAGAUGUCCUGCUGCUCGGUAAUGGCUGUGUUAUUCACCGAAAUUGCCCCGAGGCAGAGAUCAGCCGAGUGGCUAACCGCGUCCUCGACGAAUUGGUCUCACCCUUCCAAGACAUACAGAUUGAUGACAAUGAAUAUGCAGCUCUGAAAGCCAUUGUUUUUUUUGACCCUGAUGCCAAAAGCCUCAGAGAUCCCUCGAAGAUAAAAAGCAUGAGGUACCAGGUUCAGAUGAGUCUUGAAGACUACAUUAAUGACCGUCAGUAUGAUUCUCGUGGACGCUUUGGCGAGCUGCUGCUGCUUCUCCCUACCCUGCAGAGCAUCACCUGGCAGAUGAUCGAGCAGCUCCAGUUCAUCAAACUCUUUGGCCUGGCCAAGAUUGACAACCUGCUGCAAGAGAUGCUGCUAGGAGGUCUGACCACAGAGCAGCCUUACUUGCACCAUCAUAGCCACCCCCAGCUCGCCCAGGAUCCAAUCACGGGCCAGACGUUAGUCAUCAGCUCCAUUUCAGGCCCUCUGCAUGCACAGCAAAUAGCUUCUCCAGACACCCCGAUCCCAUCUCCUCCUCAGACUCAGAGCCAGGAGAUCUAUAAGGCCUCCUCUAGUCCUACACUCUUAAUGCCGUCACAGCCCAUCUCCAACAGACCCUCACCUGAGCCACCACUCUGAGGAAUAAAAAGGCAUCCUUGCAUCAUUAAUAACUGUAUUUGAGUGGAGCUGUAUGCCCUGUGUGUUUGUAAAUGUGUAAAUAGUAUGAGAUGAUUGAAAAAAAAAAAAAAAGAUCAGCAUAUUAUUAAAAAUCUUUGAGACCAUCGACGUUAUGUGGUAUGAGGUGAAUCUUGGGAAAAAAAAGUCACCAUUCUGGUGGACACACAAAAAUGUCCUAUAACAUUUAAUAUGCAAAUAUAUCAUUAUAAUAUGAAUUUGACCCAGUUCUAAUAAUCACAGAAGCAGAUGUGUGUCUGAAAUCUUAAAAAGAGAUAAAUAUGGUUAUUAAAAAUGAAUUAAAAGGAGAACAAUUGAAGGACAUAUGUGCAAAUUAUUUUACUUCAAUUCUGUAAUAUGUGGAAUUUCAAGCUAUGUUGGUGUAUUUAUGAUUAUGUUUUAAUAAACCAAACAUUUUAA